AUGAUUGAACAAAAGAUACAUAAGAGAUACAAAAUAGUAAAGAAAGAUGAUGUUAAUCAUCGAUAUACAAUUAAUGAUAUAGAAGUAUAUUUUCCAUAUGAAUUAUAUGAUUGUCAAUAUAAUUAUAUGCUUAGUGUAUUGAGUGCUUUAAAAAAGAGAGAAAAUGCGAUAUUAGAAUCUCCUACAGGCACAGGUAAAACAUUAUGUUUAUUAUGUGCAAGUAUUAGUUAUGUUGUUGAUAUAUUAGAAAAGAAAGGACAUUUUAAUGAGAAUAUAAAUAUAAGUGAGAAUAAUAAAAAUAUAUCUUUAGAAUUUGGAAAAAAUAGUGAAAGUGUUCAAAAGAAGGUAGUAGUUAAUGAAUUUCCUAAGAUAAUAUAUGCUUCAAGAACACAUAGUCAAUUGAAGCAAGUAAUAAAAGAAUUAAAAAAUGUAUAUUUUAUUAAAAAUAAUGAAAAAUAUAAAUUAUUAACAACGAUAUUAGGUUCACGAGAUCAAUUAUGUGUUCAUAAUAUUAAUUAUAAUUAUAAAGGUACUUUAUUAAAUAAUAUGUGUAAACGAACAAGGAAGAAUGGUGAAUGUAUAUAUCAUAAUGGCUUAAAAUAUUUAUAUAAAUUAAAACAUUUAUUUACUACUCCUAUGGAUGUAGAAACAUUAAGUGAAAUAGGCAAAGGGAAUUCUGUUGGUCAGAAUAUUCAUUUUUGCCCUUUCUAUGCUACUAGAGAAAUACAAAAUGAAUGUCAUAUUAUUUUAUUACCAUAUAAUUAUUUAUUUGAAGAAAGUACACGUAAAAUAUUAAAACUAAAUUUAGAGAAUAGUAUUAUAAUUAUAGAUGAAGGACAUAAUAUUGAAAACGUAGCAGAAGAUGCAGUGUCAUUUAAAUUAAAAGAUACAGAUUUGAAUUUAUUUCUAGAAGCUUUAAAAGCAACCUUAACCAUAUUAGAAAAAGUAAAUGAAAUAGAUAAAGAAAUAAAAGAUAAAAUUAAUAUUGAUGAAUUAUUUAUUUUAAAUAGAAGUAUAAAUGCCUUAAUAACAUGGUUAACUAAUUUACAUUUAGAAAAAAAUGAAAAAAAAAAAAUUAAAGAAAAACAUAAAAUAUAUCAAGGAAAACAAAUAUUUGAAAUAUUUGAAAAAAAUAGUAUAAAUAUUACUAAGGAUAAUUUUGAUAAUUUUAAUAAUUUAUUAUCAGCUAUGAUUGAAUUAUUAAAUAAAUAUACAAAUGAUUUUAAAUUAUCUCAAAUGGAUGUAAAAAAUAUUAAUAGAUUUAUUGCUAGUAUAGAUCAUGUUAAAAAAGCAUUUGGUAUAUUAUUUAGUGAUAUAGUAAAAAAUUGUAUUGAAUAUUUUAAUUUAUAUAUAAAUGAAGAAAAGAUAAACAAUACAGACACAUUCAAUAAUUACAAUAAUAAUAAUAAUAAUAGUGUUGGUGGUAAUGUGGAAUCUAUGAAUUUUAUUAAUAGUGGUAAAUAUUAUGAUGGUAUGAAUCGUUUUAUAAAAAAAAAAAUUGCAUAUGACAAUAAUAAUAAUGAUAUAUUUGGAAGUAAUAAUAUUUAUAGUAAUACACCAUCAAAUACAUUAAACAAUAAUAAUAAUAAUAAUAAUAAUAGUGGUGUAUGCAAAACUAUUUCCUUGUUGUGUUUUUCAGCUACAGCUAGUUUAUGUGGAAUAAUAAAAGAAAAAAUAAAUUCUAUAAUAGUAACAUCUGGAACUCUUUCUCCUAUUGAACCAUUUUCAAAACAACUAAGUGGGAAUUAUUUCUCUUUUAAACAUAUAUUAGAAAAUGAUCAUGUUAUAAAAUCACAUCAAUUAUUUGUAGGAUGCAUGACUCAUUAUAAUAAUCAAAUAUUAUUAUCAACAUAUGAAAAUAGAGCAAAUGAAAAUUAUAUACGAUCCUUAGGAAAUUGUAUUUUUGAUAUUAUUGUUUGUAUUCCUUAUGGAGUGUUAAUAUUUUUUUCAUCAUAUAGCUCAAUGACUGAAACUGUGAAUUCAUGGAAGAGAAUGAAAAUAUACGAUAAAAUAAAUACAUAUAAAACAAUAUUUGUGGAACCUAAUAAAGCUACAGAUUUAAAAGAUAUUUUAGAUCAAUAUGAAAUUCUUAUUAAAAAAAAAAGAAAAGGUGCUAUACUUAUGGGUGUGUGUCGAGGUAAAAUAUCUGAAGGAAUAGAUUUUAAAGAUGAUUGUUGUCGUGGUGUUAUAAUUUGUGGUUUGCCAUAUGGUAAUGUAUAUGAUAGUAAAAUAAUUUUUAAAAAAGAAUUUUUAGAUAAUUUUAAAUAUAAUAAAAUUGAAGAAGGUUCGAAUUCUUCAAAUAUAACAUCAAAUAAUAAUAUAUCCAAAGGAAAUAAAUGGUAUAAUGAAGAAGCUAUGAGAUCAAUUAAUCAAUCUAUAGGAAGAGUUAUUAGACAUAAAAAUGAUUAUGGAGCGAUUUUUUUUUUAGAUUCACGUUUUUCUAAUAAUCAAAGAAUUAAAGAAAUAUCUAAAUGGGUUCGAACACAUUUUAGAAUUUAUCGAGAUGUAGAACAAAUACAAAGUGAUAUAGAUAAAUUCUUUGAAUUAUUUAAAGGUUUAAAUGAUAGAUUACAAUUAGAAAGUGAUCAAAAUAAAAAUCAAACAUCUAAUAAAACAAAACUAAUGAAUAAUUAUAAUGAUAAUAUGUAUGAUAUUAAUAAUAGUAAUACAAUAAGUGAAGGAGGUUUUACUAUUAAAGAUAAUAACCAAUCUAUAGACAAUGUAAAUAAUAAUAGCUCAACUAAAUUAAUAGGAAAAAAUUUUCAAGAUUGUUUUAUUAAAAGUGAUAAAAAUAAAAAAUCAAAUAAACAUGAUAUGCCACAAAAUAAAUUUUCAUUUAAUCCAAGCAAAAAAAUGAAAAACCAACCGAAAAUUUUAAGUAUGAUACAAAAUAUUACAAAAGGAAAAAAUCCAGAAAAAAAAAGUAUAUAUAUAGAUAAUAAAAAUGAAAAUGAUAUAGACACACAAAAUAAUAAUAAUAAUAAUAAUAAUAAUAUUUUUAAAAACAAAGAACAAUCAGAUGUUAACAGUAAAUGUAGUAGCUUAAAAUUAGAUAAUGCUAAAUUAUUAAUAGCAUCCUUCAGAGAAAUAUUAUCAAAAGAUAUAUAUGAUAAAUUUUUUGAACUUAUUAAAGAAACCAAAAAAAAAAGUAAUGAAAAGAAAUAUGAAAUAUUAAUUAAUAAUAUACUAGAAUUAAUUACUCAAAAUUUUAUAAAAGGAAAUAAAGAAAUCAAAAAUUAUAAUAUUUCAGAUGAAAAACAAAAACAUAUUCUUUUUAAUGAUAUUAUGAAUGAUCAAGAAUUAAUAGAUAUAUGGAAAUUACUUAUUAAAUUAAUAAAUAAUUUCUUUCCAGUUCAAGAAAAAGAAAAAUGCUUUUUUAUCUUACAGAAGAGAUUUAAAGAAAGAACAACAGAUUUUGAUGAACUUGAAAAAUAUGUGUACAAUUAUAGGUUAGAAAAAAUUGAAAUCAUAUAA